AUGUCCCGUGGUAACCAGCGUGAGAAGGCCCGCGAGGCCAACCUUAAGAAGCAGGCUGCCCAGGCGGGCUCAAAGCCUAACCCAUACACCAUCGGCCAGUUCGCGAGGCUAGGGGCCUCCGGCGCGCCCCAACCAGGCAACACCAUGAGCGGUACCCAGAUGCAGAACGCCAAGGAAAAGGCCGCUGAGAUUAUGCGCCAGAAGCAGGCUGCUGGUAAGCUUACAUCUAGGAUUCCUUACGCCCUAAACCAAGGCAGAAAGAAGAAGAAGGAAAAAAUGAGAGGCCAUGCCGUUCUCAUUACCUCUUUUCUCUUCCUCCUCGCGCACGAAGAGAGGACGGACGAGACGAGAGGCUAG